CGCUCGUUUCGAGCGUCGCAGAGAACUUUCUAGAAGUGCCUAGAACUCUUGUAGGUCUAGAUAUAGGAAGCGGUCUUGUCGUGCCCGAUAUUAUUGAGCGACGUGUUUGUUGAGACGAGUGCACCUCAAAUGGGUAAAGACUACUACAAGAUUUUGGGCGUCGGUCGCAACGCGAGCGAGGCCGACAUCAAGAAGGCGUACAGAAAUCUCGCGCUCCGAUACCAUCCCGACAAGAACAAGUCACCCGACGCCGAAGAGAAGUUCAAGGAGGUCUCGGAGGCGUACGAAGUGCUCCACGACCAAGAGAAACGCGACAUCUACGACAAAUACGGCGAGGAGGGUCUGAAGGCCGGCGGCGGUGGAGGACCGGGACCGGGAGGCUUCACUUACUCUUUCCACGGUGACCCGAGAGAGACUUUCCGAGCGUUCUUCGGCACGGACGAUCCGUUUUCUAACAUGCUGGGUGGUGGUAUGUUUGGUGGUAUGUUUGGUGGUGGAUCGAAUGGCAUGAUGUUCAACUUUGGUGAUCAAAUGGAUGUGGAUAGAGACGGUCCUUGUAGUUUUAUGAGGGGUUCUAGACAAGCUCAAGAUCCACCUAUCGAGAAAGAUUUGUUUGUGAGUCUCGAAGAAGUUCUACGAGGUUGUACAAAAAAAUUGAAGGUUACAAGGAAGGUAUCUAAUGGCGCUGAGGUUCGGACGGAGGACAAGAUACUGAGUAUUGAGGUGAAGAAGGGCUGGAAGGCAGGGACGAGGAUAACUUUUCCUAAGGAAGGCGACCAAUUGCCUGGUAGAAUUCCUGCAGACAUUGUAUUUACAGUGAGGGACAAACCUCAUUCUUAUCUCAAACGAGACGGCUGCAAUGUUAUUUAUGUUGCCAAGAUGAGUCUUCGAGAUGCUCUCUGUGGAGGGACGGUCUCUGUUCCAACGCCAGAGGGAAAGACUGUUGAAGUACUAUUGGACACGGUUGUCAGUCCAUCGUAUAUCAAGACCUUACCAGGAAUGGGACUGCCAUUACCUCGCAACCCCAACAAGAAAGGCGAUCUCGUAAUUCAGUUUGACAUUAAAUUCCCAAGGCAUUUAAAUGCCGACAGUAAAGAAUUACUAUACAAUGCGUUGCCUUCACUAUAGACUUAAGUAAUUAACCAACUGACUGCUACUAUAUUGCUAAAUUAUUUGAAUAUGUUAAAGUUUAUAAUUAAAAGACACAAUACAGUUGUAUUGUGAGAAGUGCAAUAGAAAAUAGUGAUAUCAAUGCACCUGUCUGGCAUUUGUUUCAGUUCAUGGUGGUUG